AUGGCUUACCUCCAAAAUUCCAUUUUUGAAACCCAAAUCUCAGCCGAGCAUCUCAUAGCUCGCAUUACUGAAAUCCAUAAUAGCGUGUCCAAACUCGAUUCGCUAAGGCCUUCGAAACAAGUCAAUACCCUCCUGACUAACCUUGUCAACGUAUGUAUCCUUCCAUCGUCUAUAGAUAUUAAAACUUUAUCCCCACAAGUGCAAGAAAUGCGCAAUAGCCUCAUUAAUAUCUGCGGUCGAGCUGAAGGUCUAUUAGAGCUUGAAUUCGCAAUCUUUCUAAACAAAAUCCCAGAACCCGUAAACAACCUUAAUCUUUUUCCUUAUUAUGGGAACUAUGUGAAGCUAGCAAACAUGGAAAUCAGAAUAUUGAAUGAAAAUGGAAUAGUGCAGCCUAAGAGAGUAGCCUUUGUAGGAUCAGGGCCAAUGCCUUUAACUUCUCUUGUAAUGGCUACAAAUCACUUGAAAUCAACUCAUUUUGAUAAUUUUGAUAUUGAUGAGUCUGCAAAUUAUGUGGCACGACAGAUUGUGGCUUCAGAUACUGAUCUUGAAAAGAGAAUGAAGUUCCAUACUUGUGAUGUAAUGGAAGUGAAGGAAAAAUUUGGAGAAUAUGAUUGCAUUUUCUUGGCUGCUUUGGUUGGAAUGAGCAAAGAAGAAAAGGUGAAGAUUCUUGGGCAUGUACGGAAGUAUAUGAAAGCAGGAGGGAAUUUGUUAUUAAGAAGUGCAAAUGGAGCAAGAGCAUUUCUUUACCCUGUGAUUGAAGAGGAUGACUUGAUUGGCUUUGAGGUUCUAUCUAUCUUUCACCCGAAUAACGAAGUUAUCAAUUCAGUUGUUCUUGUGCGCAAGCCUAGCUUUUAAUUAUGUGGUGGUUUUUUAAAUAUAGAAAUGUAUGUUUUCAAUAAUCACUAGAGAGGUAAUUAUCCCUUCUCUAGUUUUUAAUUUUCUUCACAGUUAGUGUAUUUGUCGUUUGUUCCUGUAAACUUUUUUUUUUUUAGUAUUAGGACAGCA